AUGAAGGGCACGACGGUAGCUAUCCUCCCAGCAAACUUCAAACCACAUCAAGUCGACUUCGAUGGCUACGAUACCUCACCGACAAAGCCCUUGCUGCGCUCACGAUGGUCAAGACCUGCCAAGACUGCCAUAGCUUUCUUCAUUUUCGCAGCUCUGGGAGUAAUAACGCUAACAACCGAGAUGCAAGUUCUACCACGUUGGGCUAAUUUGGACCCAAAAUGCAGCCCCGUCACAGUCGACGCCACCACCGUCAACUACCGCUCCAACCACCGAUUCUACGCUAUGAUCAAGGAUAUGAAGGCACUGAGUCCACCAACUUUUCGAGGCAAGCACGAGGCAUUAUGCACCGAUAAAAACAUCGAAGAGCGCAAAUUUCAGUACUGCCUUCCAAUCACGAGCCAGGAGGAUCCAGUCUUCUGUGCUGGCGCAGAUCGGAUCGAUCUACUGGUUCACCAAUCACCACUGACAUUGUGUCGUGCGAGUGUAAUGAACUUGCUAUUAACGGAUGUGUACGAGGAGUUGGAGGCGGCCGGUGUGUCUCCUAGCGUCAAUUUUACCUCGAAGGGCGGAUGGAUCGCUGAUAGUAUGUCAUUAUUGGGUAUCUCUACCAUCACAUACAGCAGUAAUGUCACUCGUGGUGGCACGCUGGAUAUCGCUUUACGGAAGAAAGGGUACCAUCUUUUCCAAGAUGUUGGCGGUUGGCGGGUAUGUGUAGCACCUACACACCCGCUGGCAUCGCACAUGUAUGAUCCGGACCGUACGAUGACAACCUCGGGUAACUCCGUGCUACACAUCGAUCUUGCCAAGGCAACAAGUACAGAUAAUGCUGUACCAAAGUCGACUACGACUACCGUCAGCACGGAUAGUGACUGCUCACCCGAUACGGUAGACUUGAAGAGCAUCGAGUUGAGUGCAAACAACCGCUUCUACGCGAUGUUGCAGACGAUGGAAGUACUCCCAUCUCCAGUUUUCCAGGGCGAUCACACGGAACUCUGUAGUGAUCACAACCGCAGAGAUCGUGGAUAUCGCUAUUGUCUGCCCAUUUCCGGACGCAAAGCCUCCAACUUUUGUGCUGGCACUGACCGGAUGGAGCUACUCGCUCAUCCGACGACAGCAAAUCGAUGCUACGCCAGUGUUCUGCACAUGCUCCUUACCGACGUUUACGAUGAGCUUCAAGCUACCGGAUCUGACCCCAUUCUGACGUUUGGGACUCUCUUAGGAGCCAUUCGCAACGGGUCAAUGAUUCCGUUCACUGAAGACGUCGACAUCGCGUACUCGGGGACGAUCACCGGCAACGGAGCACUGAAUGAUGCACUAUGGAAGAAAGGUUAUCAUCUUUUCGAUUAUGGUAUCUGGCGUGUAUGUGUCGCUCCGACUCAUCCGCUUGCAUCCGUGUUGUAUGAUCCAGAAGCGCCAAUAGUCCAAGAGUACGAAGUUCCGUACGUGGAUUUGUACAAAAUGAAUACUCAGAACGGUGGCAAAUUCUGGAAGAUGCAGGAGGCUAAGGAAAGGAUCCCUACAGAUCGAGUCGAACCGUUCUCGCAAGUCACGCUCAACGGUUUAUCUUUUGAUACGCUGCACGAUCCGAAUUAUUUCCUCACGCAGGAGUACGGUAGUGACUACUUGAAGCCAAAGCCGCGUAAGCCUGAAGACGCGUUCCCAGAUGAGAUAGAGGAAGUCGAAACUCGACGAAGCCGUCGACUUGUCCACGGCAGCAAAGGAUUUCGGAGCGAUGACAAUAUUUUGUUAGAAGAUCAAGAAGAAGCACCGUAA